CCAUUUGACAACACGUAUUGCGGUGUCAUCUAUGAGAACAAUUUCCGACCUCAGCUAGCGAUCCCUCCCGAAAUAAAGCAGCUCUCUCCCGAAUUUAAAGAUUGCCAAGUGUGGUACAACGGGCUCUGGGAUCCGCCGCUGCGACUGACAGAGGUCGCUUCCGCGGCAAUGCCUACUUUACCUACCCAUCCCAUGGAGCAACCGGUGGAAACCUCAAUGCCAGCGUCUCCUUCUUCAGCUGCCGCGGCGCCUACUUCAACGCCGACCGCUAUACCAAUUGGGCUCUCUGGAAGCUCAGGCGCGGGAUAUAAGCCUUGGCAGCCAGCACCUACUGAUACUGGCAAUGACCCGUCCUCUGCUGCUGGGCCCAAUCAACAUAGCGAGAAUCCGUUUGUUCCUUCGAAAGAGCCAUGGGACAAAGACUUCACGAUCGGCGGCCGUACAUUCCAAGCUCAUGGUCGUGACAGGAAAGCUAUUGUGGGUUCCGUCACUCUCGUCUCAGGUGGUCCGGCGCAGACCAUCGCUGAUGGCAUUGUUGCAACGUAUGGUGAUCAAGGGCUCAUUUUCGAGACGAUAGCUACUGCCACCUUCGAUGAUCAUCAAGCCCAAGCAGCACCGUAUCAAGGGCACGUCAUGAGCGCUGCAAAUAAUGGUCCCAUCCUACAGCCAGGAAUGACGGCAUCUGGAGAAUCUGGUGAUGCAGAUAUCUUAACUCUCACCAUCGGCGGUCAGGUCGAGACAGCAGUUCAGAGUCAGGACGGAGGAGCCAUAGUUAUUGACUCAACCCUCACCUUGAUGCCUGGAGGCCCGAUGACCACCCUCAACGGUCAGAUAAUCAGUGCGGCGACUAACGGCAUAAUUUACGGCUCGUCGAUAACCCUUGGUCUCGAUGCACAGGCUACUACCGGUCCUGAAUCGUCGGAAAGUGGUUCAAACAGGGCGCCAUCUAGCACUUCAGGCGACAAUUCACCUGCAAAAUCAACCACCGGUGUCAAUGGAGGAGUAAAAUCAUCCGGUGGAGUAGCGAUGCGGGCCUUUGAAGGCGCAAAUGUUGCUGCUGUCGUAGCGAUCUUUGCUGCCGUCCUUGCGGUAUGAACAGCAUGAAGGUAUACUUGGCGUUAAGGGCAUGACACGUGGGAUGCAGCUUGAGGAGCUGAGCACCACAUUGCUCCCAGCCAUACGUCUAAUUGGAGUUCGACAAAGGCCUCUUGGAUUCAACACGAUGCAUCGCCGGCGGAAUUCUUGCCGCUCCCUGGAUCACAUAUGUCUUUUAAUACGGCCAGCGCAAACUACAACAUUCCGGCGGUUGGCCUGGGAAUCUUGUACAUUAAUUGUUCCAUCCUACGAUAAAAAAGGCAUACACGUGGAUGGAGUACAUACAUACAUAGAUCAGUGUGAAGGAGACACACACUGUUACGCUUAGAUGACUUCACGAUAAAAUAUCGCACGCGUAGUGCGAAUAAUGUUCACAAACCUUUCCCGCUC